AGCUGCCUGCCUUUGCCCUCACCUUCCUGCUUGUCCCGGCGUCUUAAACCCAAACGCAAAAAGAGGAAGACUACACAGCACGCACAUGGGAAAAAGCUAUAUUUGUUUUUCACCUGCACGUCGCACGAUGGCUUAUAUAUGAGGAGGACACUUUGGGAUGCGGACAUAAACACGCGUCUCCACGGAGAGAAGCGCAUGAGAAAAUACAACGCUGUCCGUCCUCUCUCGGACACCGAGAAGGACUCCUCCCCACCUCGGUAGUGACACCUCCGGUACAUCGCCGAAAAAAAGACAAGUGACUUUUUUUUACGCUGGAGACGAAGGACCGUGUCUAACAUUACCAUUGAUCAGCCAGUGAUUGACUGUAUGGCUUUAAAAAGUUGCAUGGAGAACAUGGACAUAUGACGUGCGCCACACGGCGUCAUUGGACACACAUAGGAGCCUCUCUCUCUCUUUUCUUCAUCACAUCUUGGAGUGACUAAUCCCCUGCGCUUUGGGUUGGGAGUAAGCAGAAGUGUGCAGCAGUUGUCAUUUGCCCUGACACAGGCUACAUCCAGUAGCUCCCUGCAUAAGGGGAACGUCACCACACCACUGAAGACACAGCCUGUUGUGCUGCGCAUUUGUGUGUGCUGAUCUCACUGUUUGUGCAUUAUUGGGAGAUUUAUUUCUGAUAGCCCACCACGGACUUGUCAGAGCUGACAUCUUGUUUGACAUAAAGACUGUCAUUCACCCGGACCCUCGACCUGCAUCAGAGAUACGGCACAGUGACACGUAGGUUUUGUAACUUUACAUUUUGAAAAGCCUGAACAAGUGUCCUCUCAAGUGCCCCCUUGAAUGAUCACAUUCUCGAUUUUCCCUUUUCUACGUGGUGCGCAUUUGUACUUUGUUUUAGCAUUCACCAACAGCGCCAGCAACACAUGUGAAUGAGACUCAUCACCUGUCCCGGUUGAAGCACCCCGUACAACUCGACUGACUGACCGACCGACACUGAAGAGGAAUACGUGCCGAAGUUCCGCUGUAGUGAUGCUGCAAAUGGAACUGGUCAUCUUCUUCUGCCUGGUGCUGUUGACGUGUGUAUUUAGCCAGGAGCCCAGUUCCAAAGUGGUGGCGGACCGCUAUGCCGUCUUCUGGAACCGGACCAACGCCAAGUUCCAUCGUGGAGACUACCACAUCGACGUAUGCAUAAAUGACUACCUGGAUGUGUACUGCCCUCACUAUGAAGACUCGGUGCCUGAAGAGCGGACAGAGCGCUACGUCCUCUACAUGGUUAACUACGAUGGCUACAGCACAUGCGACCACACCGCCAAGGGCUUCAAACGCUGGGAGUGCAACAGGCCGCACUCCCCCAACGGGCCGCUUAAGUUCUCAGAGAAGUUCCAGCUCUUCACUCCGUUCUCCUUGGGCUUUGAGUUCAGACCGGGCAGAGAAUACUACUACAUAUCCUCCACCAUUGCUGAGAACGGGAGGAAAACAUGCCUGAAGCUCAAAGUUUUCGUCCGACCAUCAAACAGCUGUGUGAAAACUAUAGGCGUACAUGACCGCGUUUUUGACGUAAACGACAAAGUAGACAAUACAUUAGAACCACGAGAUGAUACCAGCCAUGAACCGGCUGAGCCUUCCAAAAGUGACGAAACGAAUGCUGCAACGCACCUGCAGAAAACAAGUCCAGUCCUGGCUUUGUUGCUGGUCUGCCUAUCAGCACUCUUCACUUUAUAGCGCUCCCCUCUGUCCCCGGAGGGCAUUUACACCUAGCGUGGCCUGAAUCUGCCCGAGGCUGCAGGGAAGGGGCGGGAUUUGGGUGGAGUGUGUUUGCUUGAUUGGGCAUCAGAGCAGGCUUCUCAAAGAACCCUCUAUUUUUUUUCAGAAAUAUAUUUAAGUGGUCUUUCUCCGUCUGUGAGUGAACAAAAGUUGGUUUUGGAAGUGGGAGAGACAGUUCCCCUCUCAAACCUUCAACUGAGAUGCCAAAUCCCUUUUUUGACACUUAGUGAUUCUUAUUUUCCAGUGACUUUUGACGUCCCUUUACAUCAUGUUUAUGUCAUUGCAGCACUGAUGUUUAGCCACACACACAUAAACAGCACAUACACAGAAACAUGUUUCGAGAGUCAAAUACAAACUACACAACUACACUAACAAUCAAUAGAAGUAGGGUUUUUUACACUUGUAAACAGUAGCAGCAGUACACAGUAGGAAUGUAGAGAAUCUAGGUUUUAGAAAAAACUGUACAUACACAAAAUAAAUUGUCCCGAGACCUCUGAAAAGCCU